AUGGGAGAAGAUCCCUUGAGGCACAACCAGAGCCUUCACUGCCAAUAUCACCAGAAGUGGAGGUAUGCCACUGAGGAUUGCAGAAUUUUGUGGAAUCAUUUGGAGCAAUUGGUCAGAGAAGGAAGGUUACAACAGUUUUUGUAUUGGCCCAAUGGGCAGGGAAACCAAUCAAGGUCAAGGACUCAGGGGAACGCUUCUUUAAGGUCCCCUUUAGGCACAAUUAAUGUCAUCUUCGCUGCAUUUAGGAGGACCGGUUCUCAUCCUUCUAUGGUGAUGUCUGUAGCUCGGCUACCAGUCGAGGACUCUAACUCUAACUCGAAGAGAGCUAGAGUGAAAAUCCAAUCGGCGCUGAGUUUUUCAGACGAGGACAAGAUGGGAACCAUCCAGCUGCAUGAUGAUGCCUUGGUAGUCACCCUCAGAAUAGGAGGAUAUGAUGUGAAGAGGGUAAUGGUGGACCAGGGCAGUGGUGCAGAGAUUAUGUACCUUGAUUUGUACAAAAGGCUGAACUUAAAGCCUGAGGAUCUGACAGCCUAUGAUUCACCUCUGGUGAGCUUUGAUGGGAAAGUUGUCAUCCCAAGGGGUUAG